AUGGAUCCACCGGGUUUUCUUCGCCACCACUCGUUGAAACGUGACUUGCGGACCCGUUGGGGUCCUGCCUCUUUCGCUAGGAAGCUAGACAUAUCCAUCAGUGCUGGAAAUCUUCCACUGCCCGGAAAUCUGCCGCCGCAAUGCACCAGGGGUAGCUACGGUGACAAGGAAGACAAGCUCGUCCACAUCUUGUGUACUGCGACACAGACCAACAUGGAAAAAAAGAUUAGCACCAACAGAUCGAAGAUUCUCAACCCACGUGAAUUCGAGUACAUCGGCGGUCGCGACUGCCUAGUAAUUCAACAGCUCGAAAUGAAUUGGAAGCUUCGCGUUCUGCUGGAUGCGGCCGUCUUGUUGCUGUUACUAGCGCUCGACGCCCGGGAUCUGUGGUUCAAGACACGUUGGCUCGGACCAAGUGACGCCUUCGCUUUCACGACCAGGAAUUCCGUACUUCUUCUGGACGAUCUCCAUCCUGAGGAUGAAAAGCGGCCGAGCGAGAGUUUAACCGGGUGGCGCGUCUUUCACGAAACUUGCAGCGGACUUCGAGCUCUCACUGGGAGCAGCAAAAGUGGGGGGAGCGUCCACUCUCACUACCUGCAUGUCCUAGCGGUCAACUGUUCGGCUCCGGACGGGUUGACCGAAGAGAUGUCACCACAGUUGUCAACGAUGGUUCUCACCAGCGAUAUACGCGUCGACGCCAUGGCUUGGGCAGCAUGUAAACUACUAUACGUGACGCGACGGCCACCACUGUGCCAGGACGCGAUGGUCACGACUUUCUUGCACAAAUAUCGGCUUGGAUCGCCUCAUGUGACUAGCACAAUGAUGGCCCCACCAAUGUCUGGGGCGGAGCGCGAGCUACGGGCGCUUCUUGACAUGGUCGGCAAGAGCGUGCCGCUGAGUAACGUGGUGUGCGUUGGGGGCGUAGAGAUCGACCCGCAACCGGACCAACAGGAGCCUUUAAGAUGGAUCUUCGGCUGUGCUAGUCCAGACAUUCCUGGCACUACUGUCGCGUUUGUGGGGCCCUUCGCGACAGGUUUCGCAGCGCUACAGACCGACAAAGCUCGGCUUACAGCAGAUGAAGUCGACGUGCUGGGCCUGCGCUUCAUUUUCCGCCAGAACGCUGUUCGGAGCUACAAGUAUCUCCCACCCUCUUCGCACUCUCAGGGGCGACUAGAAGUGUCCACAACGUUGAACUUGAGCUGUUCCGGCUUCCUUUACAACGUGAUGAUUUUAAUCGACGUGGUGCUACUGGUGAUGCACGCGUGGACGUCUGUUGAGUUGCUAGAGCGACUCGUCCUCCCGCCAUUGCUGCGUGCUCCUACGAAGCAAGAGAUGCGGGACCUGGUCACAGGAGAAGGACGAGCAACUCUCUUUGCAUGCUCGCUAGUGCACAGCUCACUGGUGGCGAUGCUCAUGACUGUGUCUGCGCUUCUGUCGUGGCUGUUGCUACUUCCUCACACUGCAGUGUGGGAACUCAGUGGCGAUGAGACGUCGUCCUCGUUCGCGUGGGUCCACACGCUCUUGUCGGGGCUGCGUGUGUGGGUCUUGCUGUUGCAACUGGUUCAUUUUCUGUGGGGGAUCGUCGUGUUUGUAGACGAAGGACGCGCGUACAUGUUAGCGACGCGUACGUUCGUGUCUAGCAGCGAGCUCGUAGCUGCUGUGGUCGUGGCUGGCUGUCUGCUUCGUAGCCGUUUGCUCUCCAUUCUACCUACAAAGCAUGACAUGGAACGCCAGCGGGUCGUGGACAACGCCGCGUUUCCCGGUCGCUCGACGAUUAGCAAUGCCUUCGAAGACAGGCUGCACGUGUUACCGUCUAAAGCGCAGACGUCAGUGCUGUGGGUGAUCUACACGCCGUUGAUCGAACUCCUCCUCCUCUCUCUGUGCAUCGCAGCCUUCGGGUUGGCUGCUCGCUAUCUGUUCCACGAGUAUCGUCGUCGUAGAGCUAAGCAAGCGGUGGCUGCAGCCGAUGGAGGCUCCGUCACUGGAUUCUCGUCCGCACAGGCAGCCAUGGCCGGGUACAAGCGACUCCCGUUGGAAGAAGUAUUGGACGUGCCGAUCCGAGCGAAACAGAUCGUUCGUAGCGGUGGCAUCGGUGGCUUAGAGAAGACCAUAGGUGACGAGCAGUUCCUCUGGCCUGUGCAGUGUCUAUUGCAUGGCGUGUUGCUGGAAAACGACCGCUUUCUGAGCACGCGUCGGGGCUUCGAUCAGGUGUUGCCCGUGCAAGGACACCUGGACCCGACCAUGGACCAGCAACACAAACAGACACCUGUGGAGGAGACCAACGGGUCUCCCAAGCGCCGCAGAUACACUACAAGUGUCUUUGACUGA